GGCAAACGUGAGUGUCUCAUUGAUCGCAGGCAAAAUUACAUAGAAUAAAAAAAAAAAAAUGCUUUAGCUAGAUGGCACAAUACACAGUUUAACUGAAUAUCUAGUUAAGUGUUUAAUCGAAAGCGUUAGCUAUUGUUGUAUCCAGUAAACUAGGAUUAUACAUUGUAGAUUGCAUAUCCAGUUAGCAAUAAUACAACCCGUGAUGGCUGCUGUUGACAGUUUUGAGCUUUUGUACAGAGAAUUUGCUCGGUCAUGCAAUUCAUGUGUAGAAACGCUAGCUAUUGUGGGUGCUCUGUAUACAGCCAGCAAAGCUAUUAUCCUCUUGCGGGAUUGCUACAGCUUGGUAAGGGUGCAUUUCUUUCCUCGACUGAUGCCAAACACGCGCCUUGCUCUUGGCCGCCGUUUUGGUGAAUGGGCUGUCAUUUAUGGUGCUUCAGAGACCAUAGGGAAAGCCUAUGCAGAAGAACUUGCCAGGCAGGGCAUCUGCAUAGUCCUGGUAAGCCAAGAGUGUGUCAGUUACACAGCCAAUGCCAUUUCUGAGACUUACAGAGUGGAUACAAUGGGUGUUGUGGCAGACUUCAGUCAGGGCCACACAGCUUGCAAGCCUGUCAAAGAUGCCUUAAGGGACAAAGAUAUUGGCUUUCUAGUUAACUGUUUGGAUGAGUCCCUUGGGAACUCUCCAAACUUUACUGGCUUGUCUGAAGACCAAUUGUGGAAUGAAAUCAACAGAAACAUUGCCGCCACCACUCUGAUGACAAACCUGGUUCUACCAGGCAUGGUAGAGAAAAGACGCGGGGCAGUGGUGAAUAUCUCUUCUGGUGCAUGUUACAGACCCUCUCCAAGCAAAGCUGUUCUCUCAGCUUUCACGGCUUAUAUUGACAACUUUUCCCGUGCUCUGCAUCAUGAAUACGGUCACCAGGGAAUCUUUGUGCAAAGUCUAAUACCUUUCCAAGUGGCACCUCAAGGAGCAUCCACAGGUGGCUGGCUGAAACCCCAGUCAGAUGUGUAUGUUCGUCAUGCUGUCUCUACGCUGGGCAUUUCACACAGGACCACGGGGUACUGGCCCCAUACUCUGCAGUUUCAGCUCCUGCAGUCUCUGCCAGAAUGGAUUUGGGUCUUCUGGUCACGUAUGCUCUCAAGCUCGUGUUAAAGGGUUCUCUUCAUACAGAACUGAGUUCCCACCUCUGAACAAAUGACAGCAAAGUAGACAUACAGUUAUCAUACAAAUUGUUACACUAGUGUUAAUGUGAUUGUAUUUUACUUUGCAUAAAAAUACAUAAUAAUUCUGGGAAUAUAAUACCUAUGUAACUGUAGGAGUCUGCUGUAGCCUCUCUGUUAUGUUUAUUACUCUGGAGUGCAUAUAUGAGGUGAUACAUUUUUCUCAGUGGUUUGAGAGGUUUGUUUGGCAUUUUGAGUAUAUUUUGUGUAUAUCUGAGAUUUGGUUCUGAAUAAAGGUAUUACUUAAUUUGUUUAGGUAGCCUACUUUACUAUCAGGAAAUUGUUUUUGAACAAUAUAAACACACAAAUGGAUCUAUAGUCUAGUUAUUUCAAUAAUUUAAACAAAAGGACCAACUAUGCUGACAUUGGAAUAUAAUUUAGGAAAAAUGAAUUCAGACAUGGUUUGUUGUCCUUACAAAAGCAUCUAACAUGCUGUACAACAGAAGAGGGGGAAAGGGAACAUUUAGACUGUAACAUUUGAAAAAUGAAUGCAUGUUGUGUAGGAAAAUAAAUACUUGGACUGUUGACAAGUCAUUUGUGUUGCAGA